UGUCUUCGUAUUAUUUUUAAUUAAUUGUGUGUUUAAAUCUUAAUUAAUUGUAUUGAAUAUUAUGGAGCUUCAGUUAGGUCUGGCUCUAGCUCUUCCUGACCAUCACAGUCCUGUCAAAGGUUUUGACAUGAAUGGCGUUAAUCGCAGCGUCGAGAAAAAAGAGAUGGUGGGUUUGGAGAGCAAAACCCAAGUUGGGAAUUACAAGCGUAGUUUUGAUGUGGCUUUUGAGAAGAGUAGUAGUACUGGUGCUGGAAAUGAAUCGAAGAUGUUGGCUUUGUUGUUGUGGAAUGAUCAGCCAAAUGAGGAAGAUGAUGAUGAUAAGGGGCGAAAGAGAAGAAAUUCUUGCAGGUCCAUAAUCAAGAAUGAUGAUGGAGGAAAUCAUGUAGUUGGUUGGCCACCAAUUAAAUCUUGGAGGAAAAAGAUGCAUCAUGAUCAUGAUCAACACCAUCAGUAUUACCCUCUCCAGAAUAAUCAGAUGGCUAAUAAUUAUAAGGAAAACGAAAACGAUGGCUCAGCAGCAGCAGCGAAUAAUUCCAUGUACGUGAAGGUGAAGAUGGAAGGAGAGGGAAUUGUGAGGAAGAUCGACAUAAAUCUGCAUCAUUCUUUUCAGUCGCUCAGAGACACCUUGAUUACCAUGUUUUCCAAAUGCAAAAGCAAAGAGGGUGGUGCUGCAGCUGAUUAUAUACUCAUUUAUCAGGACAAACAAGGAGAUUGGCUGCUCGCUGCAGAUGUUCCCUGGCAAACCUUCAUCGAGUCCGUGCAGCGCCUGCAGAUAGUUAGGAAUGGUGGCUGAUCCAGCAUUUGAGCAAGAUAGCAAAGCUAGGGUUGCUACUUUACUACUUCUUGUUCAUAUUUGCCUAGUAGAAAAGGAAAGCAGAUAUAAUAUAUUGAGAUCCAAAGAAAGCAUUUGGAUAAUCGCUUGAAUAAGUAGUAUUUGUGACAAAAUGAUUCAAGUUUGUGAGAGUGGGGAGAAAUAGUGAAGUGGAACACAUGUUAGUUUGUUAUCCCCCAAUUUUAUUUUGAAUGUACCUUGUAAACAUUUAUAUUGUUUAAAUGGAAAUGGGAUACUCU